CGGCAAGCGUCGAGGAGAUCGCCGUCUCCUGGCCGUUCCACUGGCGGCCCGCGGCCCUGGCCUGUGGCGGCGGGCGCGGCGGCCCGCUGCGGCUGCUCGCCACCGACGGCGUGGCGCUGCUCUCCGCGGACCUCGCGGCGCCCGCGGGCCAGGCCACGUUCCGCGAGCACGCGUGCCCGGCGGUGGAGGGCGAGGGCCUGCAGGACGUGGCGCUCGUGUGCGGGAAUGCCACGGCGGGUCCCGAGCUGUGCCACGCGGUGGUGCUGCACGCGCAGGCGGGGGGGGGGCUCGGCGAGUCGCUGCCCAGAGCCUCAGAGCCCCGCGGGCGGGCGGGCAGCUCCGCCUGCCGCUUCUCGGGGGCCCCCGAACGGUGUGGUGACCGCGCAGCGUGGUGA